UCUAUUAUCUCUAAUCGGCUUGAUAGUUAAUACAAAUCCAAGACGGGUAUCGUAAAUAAUAAAAAAAAAUAAAAGAAAGACAAUUAUAAAGAGAAGUUUGAUAUUGGCGCCUGGCCUGCGCUUAGCUAAAAUCAAUGACUCUACCCGGCGAAUGUGUCAGUGCGACUUCACCAACGUCGCGUCGAAGCCGUUUCGUCUUCCUUGACUUCGACUUUUUCUUUCUUUUCCUUUGAAAUUCGUGUUACCUUAUGAUGAGAAUCAUGUAAGAUUAGAGAUCGAUAUGCCGAGUCAAGAAGAUAUGGACCUUUGUACCGAUAAGGUACUGUCCAAGGGAAGAAUACUUCAAGAAUUAACCAAAGCUGUCAAAUUGGUUUAUGCUCAAAGUUUAUAUGGCACAGUAGUCUUAGAUGGUGAUUCUUGGUUGGUCUACUGGUUAGAUAGAGCUUUACGCCAUGGAUUACGUGUAGAGAGACAUGGAUAUUGGGGCACAGCUCGUGAACUUAGUCAUCAAGAUACUGUUGUUGUAAUUCAUGCUCUUCAGAGUGUGUUAACUUCCAUUGGAAAAGGCAGGGCAUGGCUUUAUCACACUCUUAGUGAAGGCAGCUUUGAAAGUUAUUUAGCUUGCUUAUUACGAGAUACAAAAACAUUAAAAAAACAAUAUUUUCCACAUGCACUCGUUCGAGAUGCAGAUAAAACUAAUCAAUUAGUUAAUCUUCUUGCUGGUUUAGAAAAUGUGUCUUUCACAUUGCAACUGGAUGUCACAUAUCUGGAUAUUUGUAAUUACAUGCCUCAAAGACCUAUGAGUGUAAAUCCUUCUGGAACUAUAUUAUCAUUACAUCUCAGAUCCUCCAGUGUUUCUUCAAGUCUGGCUUCUCCAGGUGAUAGUGGAGUUGCUUUUGAUAGUGACAUGGAUCUUGCUAAUGAAACAGAUGCUAGUAGUUAUAAAGAGGAAGAUUUUCAUGUGGAAGAAAUUCCGAGGUAUCGGAAUAAUAGAUAUAAAACAAUAAUGAAUAACUGUAUAGAAGACAAUAAAAAUUUCAGUUCCAGUGAUUCUAGUGAAGAUGGAAAAACACCUACUCAAUCACCUGGAAUAGUUACCAAAUUUCAAACAACCAUAAUGACAAAAAGCGAUAUAGCAAAUCAAAAUUUAACCAGAAAACUUGAUGAUAAUGAGCUUAACUGUUCCAGUUUGGAUACUUUAAAAGAUUAUGAUUUUUACAGUAAGAGCUUAGAUGAGUCAAAGUUAGAUAAAUUAAGUAGUAAAAAUGAUAACGGAGUUAAAGACUUAAAUAAAAGAACUACGUAUUAUAACGAUGGUGGUUACAGCUAAAAGAAUAUUGAUCCUCGAAAUUCAUAUGUAAUCAAUAAUGAUACAAAUCUCUUAGAACUUAGUAUGACCAUUUCAGAUUGCGAAAACAUAGAACCUCCAUAUGGUAUUUUGAAUACUAUCAAUAUGAUUGAUGCUAGUAUUUUAUCAUCUUCUAGCUCAGAAGCUAUAGUACAACGUAGACAACGUAAAAAAAAACGCGGAGAAAGUAAGAAACGCGUUAGUUUUCAUGAAGAUAUCUUAAAAACUAUGAAAUUGGAUGAUGAUGAAAAUUAUGCAGAUUUUUCUAUGAGUUUUCUAAAACCUAAUUCAAUUCAAAAAAAAGAUACACAAAAAGGAAGAUAUAGUUGGUGUGCUCAUGGAGAUUCUCCUUAUAUUCAAAAGAAUGUUAAUUCCAGAAAUGUACAUUCAGAUUAUUAUUCCUAUUCUUCAUCAUCGAGUACAUUUGAUAGCGAUUGUGAAAAAAAAGGAUCGCCAAAGAUUUGUGAACAAUUACCGUGUCAGAACAAUUGUAAAUGUGCUUGUGGAUUAUCACUUUUAGAACGAGGUACUCCAGAAGGUCAAGAAGAUCCUGGAAAAGCACUUAGACCGAAAAUGGAAAUUGAAUUAAAAGAAAAUGAAGCACAAGAAGCAUAUAUUGUUGAAAAAGAAUAUGGAAAUAUCAUAGAAGAUCCUCCAGCAAAAGUUCAAAUGCCUUGUCCAUCUAAUUCGAAAAAAUAUUCUGGCGAUUGGUCAGACGUUGAUAGUACUACUACAUCAGAUGUAGAAGAACGUAGAAAUAGUAGACAUUUAGCUUCCCCAUCAAAGAAACGUAACAUUACAUCAAUAUUAACGGGAGAAAAUAGCAACAAAUUAUUGACUCCAUCUUUAAGACAAGCUCCAUCUAAAACAUCAUUAUUGAGUAGAUUUUUAAAAUCUAUUACCGAGAGAAAAUUUGAAGUUAAAAGAAGUAAAAAAUCACAAAAAACGAAUCCUUUAUAUAUCACAGGUAUUAAAACAACUUAUGAUUCUUUUAAAGAAUUUAAUGAUAAUCUGGAUCGAGAAAUACAAGAAAACGUAGCAGCGGAAAAACAAGAAUUUAGUGGAGAAAAAAUUAGCUUAAAAUUAAGAGAACUAUUUAAGAAACAUAUUUAUAGAGACAAAACAGAAGAGUUAUAUAAAGUAUAUAAAGUUAGAAGUUCAUAUAUGACAAAUGGAGAAAGUAAACCAAUGAUCGCUUUAUUAACUGAUAAAACAUUAUAUUUAACAGGUUCAAAAGUAGAUCAUACUUAUAGUAAUCAAUUCGUUAUUCCUUAUAACGAAUUGGAUGUUAUAAUGAUUGGACCAAAUGCACAAACAAUAUUAUUAUCUAAUGCAGAUUAUGAGAUGCAAUAUUUAUUUUCUACGGGAAGUUCCCAAACUACUUCAGAAUUAAUUUCUCACUUAGAAAUGGCUAUAAGGAGAUCUCCGAUAAAACCGAGGCUUCCAGCUGUUAAAGUAUUAAGUUAUGAAGAUAUGCAUAUUUUAAGGCAAUCACUUCUUUGUGAUACUGCUGUUCAUUCUGAUGAAAAGAUUGAACAUUACAAUCUUAUUUAUAUAGAAGAUGAACAUAUGUCACCACCUAGCACGCCAUGCGGUCCAACAAAAGAAGGUGAUCUUAUGUAUAGACCACAUACAUAUCAACAACUUCAUCCUAAUGCUCCAACUAAUCCAUGGGAAGCUGGAUAUUUUGUUCUUAAAGGUGGAGUUGUUUAUAUGUUUACGGAUGCAAGUCAACGAUUACCAAAAAGAGCCAUUCCAUUGAAAGGUGGUCUUUGUCAAGGAUGUCGAAGAAUUCCCAAUUCUCAUCGUCCUCAUACGUUUGAAAUACUCUUAAAACCGAAUAAGGCCUUUCAAUUUGCCGCUCCAGAUGAAUAUGUUGCAUCAGAAUGGUUACAAAGUUUCGUUCAAAGCGCCUCUGGAUUGUUCGAUAUUUCAGAAAAAAGAGAACCAUUGCCAUGUAGCCUUAUUACAACUACUAAACAUUUAGUAGCUAUGAAAGAAGUAUUUCCUGGCAAACAACGUGGACAAACGCUUUCUUGUGCUUCUGUAGAAGACCUCACAGCUUUCAGAGUACCAUUAACACAACAAUCUUGGUGUAUAUUGGAGUUUGCAUGUCGAGAAGUACAUGAAAGUAGUGGUGAUUGGGUCAUAUAUUUUACAAAUUAUACAGAAUUAUGUACCUUUAGAGAAAUUCUAGAAACAUUGUGGGCUGAUGCAAGUUUGGGUGAAUUUCCUAUGAUGACGCUUCCGCCAGAAGAUAAGCUUCAUCGACGUUGCUCAGAUGCCAGUAAAGAGUUAGAACUUGCAUGGCAAUAUUUAUUACCUUCAAUAAUUGAUUAAAUAAUAACGUGUAACGAUAGACAAUAGUUAUCGUAUUAUUCUAUUCAGGAAUAGAAAUUGAUAAAAUAUAAAUAUUUGAUGAACUCAUACAACACAGAUAUUACAACAAUCGAUAAAAUCGAAUAUUAUAUUAUAAACAAAUAAUCACACAAAAUUAACACUCUAUGUUCCUCGACACAAGAGUGAUAAAAUAUAAAAGAUUAUAUAACUAAAGUAUAAAUAUUUAGUAACACGUAAUGUCAAUGUGCUAAUUUAAUAAAAUGGUGCAAUAUCUUUUUAAUAGUAUAAACUAUAGUAUUUAUCAUUGAUAACAGCACACAGGACUGUAAUAUAUAUUAUGAUGAAUGCAUCAAAAAUCACUGUGUCACUUAACAUGGAUGUCUAUAUAAUCAUAUUUAAUCUGCAUUUGAAAGUGCACUAUAGAUACCAAAUGAUAGAUUUAAUAAAAUAAUAUUAAUAAAAUAACAUUAAGGCUUAGUGCAGCUUCUGUAAUGAAAGAACAUUCUAUAAAUUGCUUUUAAAGUAA